CUUCUUUCUCUCUUUUUCCAGCAGCCACUUGAGCUCACACGAAAAAUCCUCCGAGAUAAGCAGAACAAGAAGAAUUCUGGUCAGCCCAUUCCAGGAUUUCCAUCCUGGGUGUAUGAGAGACCUGCACUUAUUGGUGAUUUCUUAAUUGGCACCAGUUUAAGCACUGAUACAACGGUACCUAUAGGUACUUUGCCAUUAGCCUCCCAAGAAUCUAUGAUUGUGGAGGACUUGCUGUACGUUCUGAUUGGUGUGGAUGGAAGAUACAUCACAGCGCAGCCUCUCAUAGGCAGGCAGAACCGAAUGUUUUCAGUCGAUCCAAACUUGGACUUGUCCAUUAAAGAGCUGGUGACCAGGAUCCUUCCCGUAGCAGCAAGUUACUCUGCUGUCACCAGGUUUAUAGAGGAGAAGUCUUCCUUUGAGUACGGCCAGGUAAAUCACGCUCUGGCCGCGGCGAUGCGCACUCUCAUCAAGGAAUACAUGAUACUCAUUACCCAGCUGGAACAUCUGCAGAGACAGGGACUUCUGUCACUGCAGAAACUCUGGUUUUAUAUCCAGCCCACAAUGAGGACCUUGGAGAUUCUUGCUUCGCUUGCUACUUCUGUGGAUAAAGGUGAGUGUAUGGGCGGAUCAACCUUGAGCUUACUCCAUGACAAGACCUUCAAUUACACGGGGGACAGCCAGGCCCAGGAGCUCUGCCUGUAUUUAACCAAGGCAGCCAGCGUGCCUUAUUUUGAAAUUCUGGAAAAGUGGAUAUAUCGAGGCAUCAUUAAUGAUCCAUACAGUGAGUUCAUGGUGGAGGAACAUGAACUACAGAAGGAGAAGAUUCAGGAGGACUAUAAUGACAAGUACUGGGAUCAAAGAUAUACUGUUGUUCAGCAGCAGAUUCCCUCCUUCUUGCAGAAAAUGGCUGACAAAAUACUCAACACAGGGAAAUACUUAAAUGUUGUGCGAGAAUGUGGACGUGACGUUACCUGCCCUGUGGCUAAAGAGGUUAUCUACACUUUAAAAGAGAGAGCAUAUGUGGAACAAAUAGAAAAAGCCUACAACUAUGCUAGCAAAGUCCUUCUGGAUUUCCUAAUGGAGGAGAAAGAGCUAGUGGCUCACCUAAGAUCUAUAAAACACUAUUUCCUGAUGGAUCAAGGAGACUUUUUUGUUCACUUCAUGGAUCUCACAGAAGAGGAACUUAAGAAGCCUGUAGAUGACAUCAUAACUACAAGACUAGAGGCUCUUCUUGAAUUAGCCUUGCGAAUGAGCACAGCCAACACAGAUCCUUUCAAGGACGAUCUAAAGAUUGACUUGAUGCCUCAUGACCUCAUUACACAGCUCUUGAGAGUAUUGGCCAUAGAAACAAAACAGGAGAAGGCCAUAAUCAGUGCAGAUCCCACAGAGCUCACCCUCAGUGGUCUGGAGGCAUUUUCCUUUGACUACAUUGUUAAGUGGCCUCUGUCACUUAUUAUAAACAGGAAAGCACUGACAAGAUACCAGAUGCUUUUCAGACACAUGUUCUAUUGCAAACAUGUGGAAAGACAGUUGUGCAACGUCUGGAUCAGCAAUAAGACGGCCAAGCAAUUCUCCCUGCAUUCAGCUAAGUG